AAGGAAUGGUUUGCUCCCGUGCGCAAGAGCGUCGUAGGAAGAGGCUGGUGUGCGCGCAUGAGACACAUUGGUUGCUAAGGUGUCCGGUUGUCGUGGGGGAGGAAGGGGAGGUGGCCGGGCAGGAAGGGCUCGGGAGGGAGUAUGACCCGGAAGCGGUAUGCCGCGCCGUCCGUUUCCGGCACAGUUGUAGUUGGCCUAGUCGUUGCCGGCCGCAGGAGGCGGCCAUUUUCCAUGGGAGUGGAGCAGCUGAACGCUGCUUCUCCCGGCGGCCGCGGCCAGAGGGAGUGAGAGGCGAAGACCGGCGGGCGUGUAGAUCGUCGGCGCGGGAGAAGGGGGAGUCGCCGCCGCCGCCCUCGUAGAGGGGAGGAUGUUUUCCUUCUCUACCACCGUGCAGCCCCAGGUUACAGUUCCUCUGAGUCACCUCAUCAAUGCCUUCCAUUCACCAAAAACCUCAGCUACUUCUAUCAGCACAGCAUCUAUUCAGUCUCUACAGAGGGAUACAGCCCCAGAACAUGAUGCUCAAAGCAGUGAGCCUGUUCUGAAUCUGAGAGAUCUGGGAUUGUCCGACUUGAAAGUUAGCCAGCUCGAUGAACUAGUGAACAGGUUGCUUCCUGGCUAUUGUACAGAAAACAAAAUCUCUUCCCAGUGGAAUACAUCCUAUAUCUCUGCACAGUCCUUCUUUGAAAAUAAACAUGGUUUCAUGGAUGUCUUUAGAACUUUACGCACAUCUUACUUAUACAGACAGCAUCCUAGUCCCCUCCAGCGUGUGUGUUCAGACCUUCAGCGCUGGCCAGUUUUCAUACAGUCUCGGGGUUUUAAGACUUUGAAAUCAAGAGCAAGACGUCUGCAGUCGACAUCUGAACGAUUUGCAGAAACAGAAAAUGUGUCCCCUUCAUUUGUAAAGGGACUCCUUUUGAGAGACCGAGGAUCUGAUGUUGAAAGCUUAGACAAGUUAGUGAAAACAAAAAAUGUACCUGAAGCUCAUCAAGAUGCAUUUAAAACUGGUUUUGCUGAGGGCUUUUUGAAAGCACAGGCACUGACGCAAAGAACAAAUGAUUCCUUAAGACGAACACGUCUUUUUCUCCUUGUUUUGUUACUGCUUGGUAUUUAUGGCUUGUCAAAAACCCCAUUUUUAUCUGGUAAAGGCUCCUUUUCUGAUACUGUACGCUUUCGGACAACAUCUGGGCUUGAUGCAGCAGUUGAUCCUAUUCAGAUGAAAAAUGUCACCUUUGAACAUGUUAAAGGGGUGGAAGAAGCAAAGCAGGAAUUACAGGAAGUUGUAGAAUUCUUGAAAAAUCCACAGAAAUUUACUGUCCUGGGAGGUAAACUUCCAAAAGGGAUUUUGUUAGUUGGACCACCAGGUACAGGCAAGACCCUUCUUGCACGAGCUGUGGCUGGUGAAGCUGAUGUUCCAUUCUACUACGCAUCUGGGUCAGAGUUUGAUGAGAUGUUCGUUGGUGUUGGAGCCAGUCGUAUCCGAAAUCUGUUUAGGGAAGCAAAAGCAAAUGCUCCUUGUGUUAUAUUUAUUGAUGAGUUGGAUUCUGUGGGCGGGAAGAGAAUUGAGUCUCCAAUGCAUCCUUACUCAAGACAGACCAUCAAUCAACUUCUUGCCGAAAUGGACGGCUUUAAGCCUAAUGAAGGAGUUAUUAUUAUUGGUGCAACAAACUUCCCUGAAGCAUUAGAUAAUGCUCUAAUACGUCCUGGCCGCUUUGACAUGCAAGUUACAGUUCCAAGGCCAGAUGUAAAAGGUCGAACAGAAAUUCUGAAAUGGUACCUUAAUAAAAUAAAGUAUGAUCAAUCUCUCGAUCCAGAAAUAAUCGCCCGAGGUACAGUAGGAUUUUCUGGAGCAGAGCUAGAAAAUCUUGUGAACCAAGCUGCAUUAAAGGCAGCUGUUGAUGGGAAAGAUAUGGUAACCAUGAAGGAACUGGAAUUCUCAAAGGACAAAAUUCUCAUGGGACCUGAACGUAGAAGUGUAGAAAUUGACGAUAAAAACAAAACAAUCACAGCAUAUCAUGAAUCUGGACAUGCUAUAAUUGCAUAUUAUACCAAAGAUGCAAUGCCAAUCAACAAAGCUACAAUCAUGCCCCGAGGACCAACACUUGGACAUGUAUCUUUGCUACCAGAAAACGACAGGUGGAGUGAAACUAGAUCCCAGCUGCUUGCACAAAUGGAUGUUAGUAUGGGAGGGAGAGUAGCAGAAGAACUCGUAUUUGGAAGUGAUCACAUCACAACAGGUGCUUCCAGUGACUUUGACAAUGCUACUAAAAUAGCAAAACUGAUGGUGACUAGGUUUGGAAUGAGUGAGAAGCUUGGUGUCAUGACGUACACAGAUACAGGGAAACUCAGUCCUGAAACCCAGUCUGCAAUUGAACAGGAAAUAAGAACACUUUUAAGGGACUCAUAUGAGCGAGCAAAGAACAUCUUGAAGACCCAUGCAAAAGAACACAAGAAUUUAGCAGAAGCUUUAUUGACAUAUGAGACUUUGGAUGCCAAAGAAAUCCAGAUAGUUGUAGAGGGGAAAAAACUAGAAGUGAGAUAACAACUUCCUUUAUGGAGUCUAACUGAUAAUUUGAAGAAUGUACAUCUAGCAAUGCAGUUGUCUCCGAAUGCAACAUAGCUUUUUUUCUUCCUGAUGUUUGCAUUAUAUUAACAUUUCUUAGUGUUAUGCAUUGUCUUGAGCUUUUGUUACAAUUAUCUAAUUUUUGUCUUUGUUCAGAAUGAGAAACAAGGUAUAAAGUAAGUUCCCCUAGGAAAAAGAAAUCAGAAAUAUAAAAUCUCAGGGUUGAAUCCACCUUGUUUGGAGACCUCAGUCAAAUGUUGAAAUGGGAAGAAAAGAAAAGUGAAUGCUCUAGUAUGUUCAAGCAUAUUUUCCUUGGUUAUGCUGCUAUAUGUGGGCUUGAAGUGGUACCAUCAUAAUAUGUACAGUAUAAAGUUUUGUAGAAAGUGAGCCCUUAAGUGCUAAAGUUACAGAACAGUAAUGAUUUUAUGUUUACCAAUAAAGUACAGUUUUAAAAAAACACUGUUCCUGCUCCAGAAAUGCAACAAACAUAGCUGUUAAAUGAGUGGAUACACAGUGUAUCCCCAAUACAGGGAAAUACAGGGCUCCCAAAACAGAUGAACUGUUGCUAAUUUCACUUUCAUUGCUCUUAAAAGAUAAAAUGUACGCAUAUGAUUCAAAAUUUUCAACACGAUAUGUGGGCAAUAAUGGGAUACACCUGUUUAAAACUCUUUGGACCACACUGUAAAAAGUAGUGUUCAUGCUGACAAAACUGUGCCAGGGAUGGGAAAUGCUGCGCUGUCACACCUAAUGUGCUCCUGACAAGGUUAUCUCUCAAACUUUAUAAAGGCAAGAUAUGGAUGUAAUUUGAUAGCCAUGCUUUUAUACUGCUGGACAUAUUAUUGAAUUGGUUUUUACUAAUAUUGUGUAUGGGCUUUUUGAUAAACCUGUGAAAGAUUUCUUCCAAGAGGAGACAAGUAUUACUCAACAAAAAAGGGUACUUCAGAAGCAAGUGGCUUGUUGUUUUAAAAAACAUUCCCUGUUACCUGUUCCAUAAAAAUAAGUCUUUUUUGCUUGAAAUUCUACAACUUUUAAUCCAUAUAAAUACUCAGACAUUCUAGAGCCAGAAGAAAGUCUAAAAAUGUUAGCAACUAGGUUAUAGUCAAGCAAAAACUAUUGCUAGUAGCAUUAUAUAUGCAUCUUGCUGCGGCCAGGUCCAAGGAAUAAUUUUUAGGAAAAUUAACACUUGCCGAUUAGAAGCAUCUCUCCGUACAAUUAUAGAAAAUAUUAGACACUAUAUGCUUUUUCUGUCCUAGAGAGAAGGCUUUUAUUAGAAAAUUAACAUUUAAGGUUAAAUAGUGAAAAAUAGUGCCAAUAAAUAUGGAAAAAAUUGAAAUAAGUUGGUAAUUAAAUUUAGAAUUAGCAUUAACACAGGAUUUUGUUGUAAGUAUAACAUUGGGCUAGCUCAAUUUUUUUUUAUUAGUAGAGAAUGCGUUUUCCUUUCCUUUCAAAACCAUUGCUGCAAUACCUCUGUUUUUUCCUAUUUACUAUGUUUUCAUUCAGUCAACUUAGUACCAUGACAUCCCUAGUACAGUAUGGAAGAACCUCAAGACAUUUGCUCUAAAACAGUAUACCAAGCUGCUUGGCUGAUUGGUUACAGAUGUAUAUGUAUUUUAGGAAUAUGCAUUCAGAAACAUGCAAAUAUGACAUGCUUGGCAUCUGUUUUUGGAAUAAUAAAGGUUCAGUUUAGUAUGCACUUUGCUUUUUCAUUUUUCUUUCACUGUAUAUUGAUAUGAAGUGUAAUACUAGUUUCCCUCUUAUGUAAAUUGAGGUGUAUAAACCAUGCUUAAAUUUGUAAAUAAAUUCAACCGUUAUGGCAAA